AUGCAGGAUGUUCAAGAAUAUCUGAAACAUAAAAGUAACACAUUUUUUGAUCCAUUUGGCAAACAAAAUCACACCACAGAUGAUUCAGAUUGGACUUGGUGGAAAGGGUUAAUUGAUGUUUUAUGUUAUCUGCCAUAUCCUAAGGAUUAUUGCCAGAAAUUUGUUAGUUCGUUAAAAGCUUAUUAUGCGGGAAAUACAGCACAAAUUCGUGUAUUAGAAGAAUUUGAGCAAUAUUACUCAAGAGACAGAACUAUUUGGUAUUAUACGCGUGAUACAUUUUUAUAUCGACUUAUGAAUAAAGCUUUACGUCAGCGUAACAUUGAACUCACGUUUUUAUUCGGAUUUUUUUUACAAGAUAUGUAUCGACAGUUAAACUGUGAACAUAAAAUGUUUAAAUUAGCGAAUUUAGAAAAUCCAGUAUUUAACGUAUAUCGUGGACAACUUAUGUCACGUAAUGAAAUUCAGCAACUUAAAUACAAUGGUUAUAUUUUAAAUAACAGUUUUUUGUCAACAACCUUCGAGCGUUCUUUAGCAUCAGUUUUUCUAAAUUCGUCUGCAGAACCUGAGGACGAAUUCCAAAAUAUCUUAUUUGAAAUUGAAAUUGAUAUUCGUGAAAAGUCUCGUCCAUAUGCUGAUAUUUCAAAUUUAAGUCAGUUCGCAAAUGAAAGUGAAAUUCUAUUUAUGAUUGGUACAGAAUUUCAUAUAGACGAUAUGUCUUACGAUGAAAAUGAGAAAACGUGGAUAGUUAGACUAAAAUUGACACAUGAUGAUGAUGGUGAUAAGAAAUGUAAUAAAAAUUUUGAGAGUAUAACAAAGAGAACUUUAAUGGACUGUGUGAAUCUACUCGACGAUUAUGAAAUUACUGAUGCGGCAGUUGAAGAAAUAGAUACUAUUUUUAAUGAAUUGAUUGCUUUAUUUCCGUCAGGAAAAUGGAUUUUAGCUGCUAAAUUCUACCGCCUCGCUAUAAAACAAAAUUCGGUGAAAAAGAAUUACACUGUUGUACUAACAAAUUACCAUCAAGCAUUAAAAAUUUGGCGUGAAUACAUAAACGAUGAUGAAUUAAAUUCUUUCAUGGAUAUUGGUAAGAUUCAUUCCGGCAUUGGUCAUUAUUAUGAAUAUCAGCUAGAAAUAAAAUCUCUAAGUAAAAAACAUUAUGAUCUAGCAAUCAGAUAUUAUCAACUAGCAAUUGAAAAAACAGCCACAGAUUAUGAAAAAAAACAUAUAUUUAAUGAAUUAAGUUCAUUAUAUGGAUCUAAAAUGAAAUUUAGCACUGAUGAGAUUAUUAGACUAAAAAAUGGCUUAAUGGCUAUAAAAUAUAAAGAAUUAAGUUUUCAAAUUAUACUUAAAUAUCGUUCACCUGAUUAUGAGGAUGGUUAUUGUAUCAGGAAUCUAGCUGAUCUUUAUAAAUCGAUUCAGAAAUAUGAUGAUGCAUUAACUAGUUAUGAAAAAGCUUUGAGAAUUUUCCUGCAACAGCCAGAAGUUGAUUUAUCGUUUGUUACAAUGACUUGUAAUGCAAUAAUUAGCAUCUACAUUGAACAUAAACAUGACUAUCAUUCAGCACUUAAAUAUCAGUUGAUAAUAAAUGAAUAUAAAAAGGAACAACCACUCCCGCCAAUAGAAGAGAGGCCAACAGUCGAAAUUAAACUACAUCCAGACACUGGAUUAGACGAUAAAGAUGCAGAAAUGAUUGUAGCUAUUGAAAAAAAUUUACCUAAAUAA